AGGCGCCCCAACGACGGUAGCGGGGGCGGUAGCGGGGUCUGGAGGAGGAGAGGGGGUCGGCACCCAAUUGCCCAUAAGGCUGACGAAACUAGGGCCGGAAGAUGACCCCGAGGCAUUUCUGGUUACGUUCGAGAGGGUGGCCGCCGCCGCGAAGUGGCCACCCGAGCAUUGGGCCACCCUCCUCGCACCUUACCUGUCGGGGCCGGCCCAGCUAGCAUACCGAGGGAUGUCCGCCAGCGAUGCCUUAUGUUAUUAUAAAGUUAAAGAGGCUAUUUUGGACCAAUUAGGGGUAACCCCCGAGACUCACCGCCGGCGGUUUAGAGAGGCCAGGGACGACUCCCGCGAGCGACCACGGGCGGUGGCGCAACGAGUUAAGGAAGCGGGGAUGAGAUGGCUUGAACCCGAGACUAAGACGGGGGCUCAGGUGGCAGACCUCGUGAUACUUGAACAAUAUGUCAGCAUCCUCCCCGCGGAAGGGCAGCGGUGGGUCCGGCGGCACCUUCCGGAGACCUUGGAUGAAGCGGUGACCCUCAUGGAACACUACCUAGCCGCAGAAGGGCCUGAGGGGAAAGGAGCCGCUGGGGCACCGAGAGAACACCGAAGGAACGAGGCUGGGACGGGUAAGCCCACGGGAACCCAGCGGGCUGGGGAAAGCGCCGGGAGUUCCUUGGGCCCCCUCCCGACGAGGAGGUUGGCACCUCGGUGGAACAGGCCGAUCGGCGAGACCAGGGGAGACCGGGCGACCGAAACGAGGCCGGGCACCCCGCUACCCGAGGGAGCCCCGAAGGUGGUCUGCUAUCAGUGCGGCCAGGAGGGCCACUACAAGCGGGACUGCACCCUGAUGGACUGCACCUUUGGACAGAGGCGGGCUGGGAGCUCGGACAGGAAGGCGGCCGGCGCAGCUCAGGCGAUGAAUUUACCGUGGUGACGGACCACGCCCCGCUGCAAUGGAUGCAGCAAAUGAAGGACACUAACCCACGGAUCUUGAGAUGGUACCUCAGCUUACAGCCAUACAAAUUCCGAGUCGUGCACCGCCCGGGGUCCGCCAACGGGAACGCGGACUGGCUAUCCCGGUCAGCGGAAAACACAGAGACCAGAACUGCGAGUAUGGCACCAGGCUUAAGGGGGAAGGUGUGUGGCGGGGUAGCCCCCCCCC